GUAAAAGGGGCACGACACAGAUUUAAGGUGGAGGGAUCGCUGCGCGCAAGCAAUAUGGAACGACGGGAGUGGAGGACAAGAUGCCGCAAAGAACUAUCAACGCAUAUACAAAGUAAGCUCGGUAUUGUUAUAGAUCCAGCUCAGGUUCGCCUCCUUCCCAGCCCCGACGAUCCGUACACUUGGAGGUUUCUCCCUGAGAAAAAGCACCUGUUUUCAAAGAACAUAAGCGACCACUCUAUCAGUGCAUAUAAGGAUCUAAGUAAUGGUGUUGGGAGGACGUUUGAGGCCAUUCCAGCUAAACAAAGAAAUUCCGCCAACUCCUUUGGUAUGAUGGAAGGUGCCGUGGUAGCAACUGUUGGCCAAAAAGAGAUUAGCUUUAGCACUCUCAUCGAUCAAUUACAAGAUAAGAACGCCGUAUUGAGUCAAUCACUGGAGGAAAUGAGAACUCAGUUAUCGGCUGAACUAGAAUGCCGACGGCACGCAGAAAGCGAACUGGCGCGUCUGAAAGAGGUGAACGAGAGAUUACAAGAAGCAUAUGAAAAGAAUGAUUCUAUUGCUAUGCGCUUAAAAAGAGUGUUAGAUGGCCAAUCCCAGGGGUUGAAAUCCGCCGUAAUAGAGCUACAAGCACUACAAGAAGGGCUCUUGUUAGGAGCUUAG